AGCAGCUUCACCAAGAUUGGCCUCCCCAAUGGCUGCCGAGGAGCCGCCGAAUGUGAUUGUGAUAACUGAGCCGCCACGUAGAUUUUCUGCUGGCCUGGCUGGCCUCGUGGCACUUGGCAUUGCUGCUUUAGCAGGGCUUGGAGGCUUUCUUCGCCAAAGAGCUUCAGCUUCAGUGACAAUUCAUAGCGAACCUGUUGUCUACACCCAAAGAGGUUCAGCUUCAGGGACAAUUCAUAGCGAGCCUGCUGUCGAUCCCCAACGAACUCCAGCUUCAGUGACAAGUCCUAGCGAACCUGCCGUCUACACAUAUCGAGUGGUCAGAAGAUUCCAGCAUGAUCCAAAUGCUUUCACUCAAGGUCUUCUGUGGUCGAAUGGAUCUCUUUUUGAAUCAACUGGUCUGUAUGGCGAGUCAACUCUUCGAGAACUCCAACUGGGUUCAAAUGGAGAAGUGCACGUCGUCAGACAGCUACCCUUGGAUCGGAGAGAUUUCGGAGAAGGUUUGGUGCAGAAGAGGGGGCAACUCUUGCAGCUUCUUUGGAGAACGGGUGAAGGUAUCCGCUACUAUGUUCAAGCUGGUGAACAUGAGCAGCUAAGACAAGCUGGGAGGUUUCGCACACCUUUGAAUGAUGGUUGGGGGAUUGAAUUUGAUGGAGAGAACCUGGUUGUGACCGACAGCGGUCAUGAACUAAUAUUUCUUGAUCCGGAGGACUUCCGGAUCAAGAAACGCGUAAGCGUUACAGAUAAUGGAAAGCUCAUUGAAAUGAUCAACGAGCUGGAAAUGAUAGGUGACGAGUUGUGGGGCAACAUCUACGGCAAGGAUUGCUUGGCCCGGAUUGACAAGACGUCUGGUUCAGUUACUGGCUGGCUUGUGCUGGAUGGCAUUCUCGACAGACGAAGUGCUGCUGCAGAAGCAAAGGCUGCUCGCCGAAGGGGGCCAGAUGUUCUCAAUGGAAUUGCAUGGGACCCUGAUGGCAAACGAAUCUUUGUCACCGGAAAGCUUUGGCCUGCAAUGUUCGAGAUUCAGCUCGAACCAGCAAGAGAAAUUACAUUGGAACGGGCUAGACGGAUGUGCAUACCAACGAGGAAUAUUUUCCGACUCCGUUAAGAUAGGCGAGCUUUUAAAGAAUUGCUCGUGCAGCCAGGCCAAAUGGCCGGCAAUUCGGAAUACGUUCGUAGAUUGUGAGGUUGGCUCGCUGACGAGAAA